GGGUCCAGAAUAUUAAAAAAAAAAAAAAUCCUGAAUGGGGUGAUUGAGUGGGUGUAUCAUAAGGUCUUCUUGGUCGCGUUUACUGUACUUAGCAUAAAAAAAUGUAAUUAAUAUAUGGUUUCUAUUUUGUAUAUAAAAAUAGCCAAUAAGUAAAUACUUGAAAAAUUAGUAGUGGUAUGUAUCUACGGUGAAUUCUUGGUUUCCCAAAUUCCCACCGCGAAAUUCCCAUCUUUUACUCUCGUUUACAAACAUGGGAAUACUUAAAGAAAGCGGGAACAGACCACAUUUCACAAUCUACACACUGUUACAAACAGGAUUACUGUUUGCCCUUCUUUCGAAAAACUCCAUCUCUUCCUUUCUUCAUCCCCAGUUCCCACCCAACCAACGAAAUACAUGUACUGAUAUACAUUAUAUAGCAGCCAAAAUUCUGGUCACACUAGCUUCCGCUGCCAUCAAAAUCCAAAACAAACCUUAAAAAUGGAGCGGAGGUGGAAUUGGGUGGCGGUUUUCUUGUUGUUGUUGUUGGGAGCUUAUAGUGUAGAUGGGUUUAUCGGCAUUCAGUGGGGCAGAUAUGCAUCGCAGAGCUUGGUGCCAUCAGUGGUGGUGGAUUUGCUUCUGCAAAAUGGGAUAAAGGAGAUCAAACUGUCGGCGCCAUCUCCCAACGUCCUGGAGGCCUUGCAGAGUUCCAAUAUUGGCAUCACCGUGGCCUUGCAGAACGAUUUCAUCAGACGCGACAAAUGGUUGAGUAAUAUAAAAAACGUUAGCCAAUGGGUGGAAGAACUUCUUCUGGAGCCUGUACAAAGAGGAGUCCACAUCCAGACAUUGAUUAUUCUGGAAGAACCAUUAUCGCUUUACCGUACCCCAGUAUUGAAUAUGACUGACGUUUUCCAGGAAACUGUGAGUAAUCUGCAUAGAUGUAACCUUACGCACAUCAGAACCACAACCACGCAUUCCAGCGACGUAUUGAAGAAUGUAAGCAAGCCAUCGCAGGCCGAUUUCCGCGACGACAUCAAGGACAAGAUGCUCGAAUCCCUAAGGUUGUUUAAGAAGACCAAUUCCUUCUUCAUGUACAAUAUGGUCCCCAUCUUCUCCCUCAUGGUCAACAAAUGGCCGAUCGAAUUCGCUUUCAUGGAUAACAACUCCACCUUCACCAUCGUCGACGGCAAAUACACUUACAGAAACGCGUUCGAAUUCCUCUUCGAUUGCCUCGUCGUCACGCUCGAGAAAGCAGGGUAUCCUGAUAUGGAGAUCGUGAUCGGGGAGAUCGGAUGGCCGACGGACGGCGGGAAGUACGCGACUCCGGAGAAUGCGGAACGGUUUUACCGCGGUUUUCUGAAGCACAUAUCGGAGAAGAAAGGGACUCCUCGCCGUCCCAAGUGGAACAUCGACGUCUUCCUCUCUUCGUUGACGGAUGAGAACAAAGUUCCGCUGCAAUUGGGACCGUCGUACCGUCACCGAGGGAUCUACAACUUCGACGGCACGCCCAAGUUCGCAAUCGACUUCACCGGAAAAGGCCGCCUCAUGUUCCCGGUAUUGGCCCAAGGCUCCCUGAAGAUGCCGUCGCGGUGGUGCGUAUUCAACGGCGACACCUCCAACAUGACCAAAGUGGAGGAGCAAUUUCAGUACGCCUGCACCCUCUCCGACUGCUCAUCUCUGUCUCCCUAUUCUUCCUGCAGUCAACUGGACCUCAAGUCCAACGUCUCUUUCGCUUUCAACAUGUUCUAUCAGACCAGCAACCAAGAUCAAAAGAACGGGGGCUGCGAUUUUGCAGGCUUGGGUGCACUAACUACUCGCGAUCCUUCCAUGGGUACUUGUUACUUCCCGGUGGAGAUUUUGACUGCGGAGAAGGUAGACGCUGGUAUUCAAAUCCCUACAUAUAUUGGUUAUGACAGAUCUGGAGCUCACGCACUCAGAUCUUUCGCAACACCACAACUUUUGUUCAUUGCUCUUUCAUUGUUGUAUUUAAUUUGGCCAAACAAUUAGGGAUUUUUGUAUGAGAUUUUGAAUUUUUGUUUUAUUUUUGCCAAUAUAUUUUUUUG